GAACCCAGGAAGGAACAUACCCUGUGCUUUUUCAGAGCCUGGGUGUGGAAUGAAGCCUUGGAAAUGUAGUUUCAAAGUUUGUUAAUCUGCUUUUUACAGUAAUUGAUCUGCUCCAGUGAGAGUUUACUUAGUACAGGUUUUCCCCCCUUCAUUUCCACCCUAAUCUAUUUGAACCAAUGUUGAGAGAAUCUAAUCUCUGUUAUGACAUUAAAUGUAAAUCUCUGCGUUCUGGACUUCAUUCGGGCUCAAUCCAUAAAAAAAGAAAUUGACAUUUCUAAUCGUUGGCAGAUUUUCUACUUAAAUAUUAUUAUAUCAAUGUAAGAGUAGCCAAUAAUAUUUUGUAUUGUAUUAUUACAUUUUAUGAAAUUUGAUGCCAUCCAACGAAGAGACCAGCCACAAACAGGAGCGCAGUCGAAUAUCUGUCAGAAUGCUUCAAACUAUAGCCUGCAUCAACCAACAACAAAUCUGCAGGCAAGAUUCUGGUCUGCAAGGUCCUUCAUGGGUCCUAAAUUGCCAUGGAAACCACGGGUAUACAACAUUGUGCGUAAUGUUGAUUUGUUGCCAUCAGAGCCUGUCUAUCUAGAAAUUCUCUUUUACUAUCUGUUGCUUGACAGAAAUCGCGGCAGUGAAUCCUAACUCUAAAGGAUAUGAAAGUGGCUUGGUAGCUAGCGUUUUUUCAGAUGUCGAUUCCAGUGGAAACAAGAUUACCACCUUUAACCUUGUCAAAAAGGCAAAGAUCUCCAGCAAUGCAUUCACGUGAUUGUGGAAAGGGUGGUGUGCCAGUACAGCUGAGCAAUGUCCCAGGAUGCCUGUCUGUAUUUAGCAAGCUGCAAGGUGGCUGUACCAAUGGCUUCCUGUCUACCUGGCCUGCUCCUGCUCCUUCACAAACUGUCCAUCGAAGAUGCAGAAGAGAUAAGGGUUAUGAGUUCAGUGGAUCAGUGGGGAAACCACGAUUUCUAAUGCAGUUGGAAGGUUACUUGAAGAGAGAACUGCAAGCAUUGGAUUUGCAACAGCCAAAAGUCCAGGAGCGCAAACUCCAGACGUAUCGGGAAGUGUUCGACUGUUUCAUUGAGGACUUCAAAACAUACAAGCCAUUGUUAACAGCCAUAAAAAAUGAAUAUGAAGUCACCCUAGCAUAUAUGCAAGACCAGAUCCGCGAGCUUGAGCCCUUGAGAACUCAGCUGGUUAUGGUGUCAGAGCAGUGCGACAGGCGCAUCCUGGCCCUGAGGGAGGAGGAGAGGACUGAGAUGAAAACCCUGAAAGACGACAAGCAACGUCUGCAGAGGGUCAUUGAGGACAUGAGAGAGAAACAGCGUGCUCUGGGGGCCCAGGUGUGUCGCCUACAAGAGGAUCUGGCUGCCCAGUAUCUGUUAUACAGGGACGAGCUUGAUGCCCGCAAACUGCUUAUAGCCAACAUCAGCAGUAUGAGUUAUGCCACAGAGGAGGAACAAGUUGAUGGCAUAGAGGUAGAAGAGUCUGAAGAUCCAGUAAAGGUGAAAUUAGCACUCAAGGUGUGCAGAGAGGAUUUGACCAAAGCCCAGGUGGAGCUGAACCGCUUACAUGCUGAAUAUGGAGAUGUUGUUCCCCGCCGAGAUUGGGAAAGUCUGGAUCGCUCACAUCAGGAGAGCAUUCAAAAGAUGGAGACCCUGCAAAUAGACUUUGAUCAAAUGAAAACAGAAUAUGACACACUCCUGGAGGUGCAUAAACAAGUUUUAUUGGAAAGAGACAGUCUCCAAGCAGACCUCGAGGUUUUCCAAGGGGCAUCCACUCCAAGGCCUGACUGGGAAUGCUGUGCAGAUAUACUUGGGGGAAGCAAAUGCUGGACAGAACUCUUUGAGGGAAAGUCUAGCCAGCAGCGACUGAUGAUUGUACUAGAGAAUCUUGCCGAGCAGACCUCUAAAGAGUUUUUUGAUGGACAGGGAACUGGAAGUGAUGUACCUGUUUUCCUGCGCUAUGAGGGUCAGUUGAAGAACAUUAGACUGAAGAAAGCUGAUGUUGUGAGGAUCAUUAAAGAGGUCAUGAAGGAGAAGCAGGCUGCAGAUGAGGAGCAAGGUAUGUGCAGUGAUCUUCCAGAGUUUCUUCAUAAGUAUUUGGAGAGACAGCAUGGGGACCAUGCUGGGGAGUGGGCAUAUAGCUUGAUGGAGACCAUUCAUCAUCAUCAAACGGACGAACUCAUCAGUCUCUUCAAACAUAUUCUCUCAGGAAAGGUAGAUGAGAGACUGUAUCAUGGGCAAGUUCACCUGGUAACUCAUGUACUGAGGAUACUGAUUCAAAGUGACACGGCAGAGAGUGGGACACUCACUGUUUCUGAAUUUAGUGAAUCCUUGAAGAAGGCUUUCCCCCUAAAGAAUGAACUCGACCUGGACGACCUGGUGAAUACUGCUCAAGCAGAACUUGAAAACAAUGGAGGGAGCCUAGCUUAUCAGAAACUGUUUAUUGAGGAUUCAGAUGGGAAAAACAGAGGCUUUCUGAAUCUGGUGAAGAAGCAGGGACACCACUACAUUAACCAGCUAAGGACACGACUGAAAGGGAAACGAGAGGUGGAUGUGGCAGAUUUGAGGACCGCUUUCAAAACUAUUGAUCCGUCAAUUGACUCUGAGGCACUAGAUGAGAACUUGUGCUUUGCGUUUCUGGCGCAAACAGAGAGCCUAAACCAAGCAGUGCCUGUUGACAUUGAAGUUGCCCUGCAGCGCCUCUUAGCGGCCGGUGUGAGCAAAGCGGGUCCUCCACCUUCACACCUAAAUUAA